AUGUCUGGUCGCGGCAAACAAGGAGGCAAAGCUCGGGCUAAGGCCAAGACCCGAUCGUCCCGGGCCGGUCUGCAGUUCCCCGUCGGUCGUGUUCACCGUCUGCUCCGGAAGGGCAACUAUGCCGAGCGGGUCGGGGCCGGCGCUCCCGUCUAUCUGGCCGCCGUCCUGGAGUAUCUGACGGCUGAGAUCCUGGAGCUGGCCGGCAACGCCGCCCGAGACAACAAGAAGACCCGCAUCAUCCCCCGACACCUCCAGCUGGCUGUCCGCAACGACGAGGAGCUCAACAAGCUGCUGGGCGGCGUCACCAUCGCCCAGGGAGGAGUCCUGCCCAACAUCCAGGCCGUGCUGCUGCCCAAGAAGACCGAGAGCCAC